GGCAAAAAAUGGAAACGGCGCGAAUAAGGCAAUUUUCCUUACGGCGGACGGCCGUCACCGCCGUAAGGAAAAUUGUUACUAGCGAAGAGACGGGGCGGCCCGGAUUCUACGUACGAACUGUUGGUCCCUGAUUUGGCCAUUCCGCUUCGGACUAUUUUUUUCCACACUUUCGUUGGCCGGGCUUCCGACACUCGUCUCUACCAGCCAUCGGCUCCCACCGUCGACCGGACGUUUCGUCGAACGUAAGACGUUUUAUUCGCCUCGAUUCCGUCCGUCCGCGCAUCCCGUAAAUCCCGACGUCCGUUUAUCCCCGGUGUGGGAAAGUGGAAUUUUCGCAAUUUGGCGGUCCGGCCCAAGACCUAGAGGGAGCCCGCAUCGAAAUUUUGCUGGUAAAUUGACUUAGUAGGAUCGGACGAUGGACGUCCAGUCUAACGAGAUGGCUACCAGAAGACAAAGGCCGUCGACCAGUAGGAACCGAACGGACGGACCGGACCUGGAGGCCAUGGUGGAUGCCUUGGCCAGCAUCUUCGAUUGUACGGUGUGCUGGGAGCGAGUUAUUCCUCCCAUAUUUCAAUGCGCGGCCGGACACAUCCUUUGCGCUCGCUGCAAGAACAGGACGAACAGGUGUCCCUCCUGCCGGGGCGUGUUGGGCCAGGACCGUAAUCUGGCUUUGGAGCGGGUGGCGGAGAUCCUGGGCUUCCCGUGUAAGUAUCGGAAUUGGGGGUGCCGAAGGAUCGUCCGUAACACGGAACGGAGAACGCACGAGAGGAGUUGUGCCUUCCGGACUUGCCCCUGCCCGGUGUUGGAUCCGAAAUGCUGGUGGGAAGGCAUAUGCCGGGAUAUCCCGACCCACCUGUCGGAGCGUCACCCGGACAUCGGAGGAGGAGACCUCCCGGUCCUGACCAUGUUCCUGGUUGGGUGGCACUUGCCGAGAAAGUGCUCUUGGGUCGCCCAACUAGCGUGGGGCAAUCACCGUUUUCUGGGGCAAGCGAUUAAGGAGGAAUCGGAGGAAGGGCGAAGUUACCACUUCAUAUACCUGCUUCUCCGAUACCUGGGUCCCAAAGGGGAGGCCAGGCGAUUCCGCGGCCGAAUCGAACUUGCCGGGAGAAAUCAAACUUACACAUUUGAAGACACACCCCGAUGGGUAGUGGGAGAUCUACCGAGUAUCAUGCAACACGGGGACUGCAUGAUCGUAAUCUCCUGGGUGGCGGAGGCGCUGGCUGACGACCAGGCGCUGUCCGUCACCAUGUCGGUCCAGCCGAUCGACGGAGAGGAAUGGAAUAUCCCGGGAAGGCCCCGAGGGGAAGAGGAAAACGACUCGGUUGAGGAGACGAGCGACGCAGACGACGCCCAAUCCACGGAGUCCGGAUCCCCGGCCCAGCUGCCUCACCGAGAAGAGGAGCCCCUCGGGAACGGAGGAGAUUUGGCCGAAACGAACCUCGAGUGGGGACGAACAGGCUGUUUGAAAAGAAUAAUACGAAGGGCCGCGUCACUGAGGGCCCGAGGGCAGCCGACUUCCGUCUUGCUCCCGGUGGGGGAGCCUAUCCCGGAGGAGGUGAGGGCCGAACUCAGGGCUCUCAACCUGUUCGGGACCCGCAGGGGAGGAAGGGACCCCGGAUACCGUCACCAAAGUUUAGAACCUCCGAGGACCCAGUCCGAGGAGAGGAAUCUCCAGUCCUCGCUCGGGAUGGGCCGUGGCCUCCAUCUUUCGGGCUCUCAGAGGACCGUCGGCGCCGCCUUGCGGGACAUCCGCCAGAACCAGGUUCCGGGUGGAGAUAGAAUGACGUACUAUUCGGAAUAAAGGUCCCGAGGGUCCUUUAUUCCGAAUAGUACGUCACUCUAAAGUCCAAAAGUCGCCACUGAAAAAAAUAAAAAUAAAAAGCGAAAAAGAGGACACGAUGCGCCCAUACAUAUGCGUAUAUAUAUUGCUCUACUUAUUUGUAGGUUUAAGUACGUUUUUGAGAAAAGUUAAAAUAAAAGUUUUCUUUCUGGUAA